AGAGCUGAGUCAUUGAUGGCGGAAUACCGAGAACGGAACAGUGCAUGGGGCGCAGGCACAGGCUGCAAGCCAACUGGGUACAUGGAAAACUCGGUCUCCUACAGCGCUAUUGAAGACGUUCAGCUGCUGUCCUGGGAGAAUGCCCCGAAGUACUGUUUACAGCUCACAAUCCCUGGGGGAACAGUCUUACUGCAGGCUGCCAACAGCUACCUGAGAGACCAGUGGUUCCAUUCGCUGCAGUGGAAGAAAAAGAUUUACAAAUAUAAGAAAGUUCUGAGUAACCCAAGCCGUUGGGAAGUUGUCUUGAAGGAGAUCCGAACUCUGGUGGACAUGGCCCUGACAUCCCCCCUGCAGGAUGACUCCAUCAACCAAGCCCCACUGGAAAUCGUCUCAAAACUGCUCUCAGAGAACACAAACUUGACUACCCAGGAGCAUGAGAACAUCAUUGUGGCGAUUGCUCCUUUGCUGGAAAACAACCAUCCACCGCCAGAUCUCUGUGAAUUCUUUUGCAAGCACUGCAGAGAGCGGCCCCGGUCCAUGGUGGUCAUCGAAGUGUUCACGCCCGUGGUCCAGAGAAUCCUCAAGCAUAACAUGGACUUCGGGAAGUGCCCACGACUGAGGCUGUUUACUCAGGAGUACAUCCUUGCCUUGAACGAGCUCAACGCGGGGAUGGAGGUGGUGAAGAAGUUCAUCCAGAGCAUGCACGGCCCCACGGGGCACUGCCCCCACCCCCGGGUCCUGCCCAACCUGGUGGCCGUGUGCCUGGCUGCCAUCUACUCCUGCUAUGAAGAGUUCAUCAACAGCCGUGACAACUCCCCCAGCCUGAAGGAGAUCCGGAACGGCUGCCAGCAGCCCUGUGACCGGAAGCCCACCUUACCUCUGCGCCUUCUGCACCCCAGCCCGGACCUGGUGUCUCAGGAAGCCACGCUGUCCGAGGCGCGGCUCAAGUCCGUGGUCGUGGCCUCCAGCGAGAUCCACGUGGAGGUGGAACACACCAGCACUGCCAAGCCGGCACUGACGGCCAGCGCGGGCAAUGACAGCGAGCCCAACCUCAUCGACUGCCUCAUGGUCAGCCCUGCCUGCAGCACCAUGAGCAUCGAACUGGGUCCCCAGGCCGAUCGCACGCUCGGCUGCUACGUGGAAAUCCUCAAGCUGCUGUCGGACUACGAUGACUGGAGACCGUCUCUGGCCAGCUUGCUUCAACCCAUUCCGUUCCCCAAAGAAGCCCUCGCACACGAAAAGUUCACCAAGGAGCUGAAGUACGUGAUUCAGAGGUUUGCCGAAGACCCGCGACAAGAGGUACACUCAUGCCUGCUGAGCGUGCGGGCCGGCAAAGACGGCUGGUUUCAGCUGUACAGCCCCGGAGGGGUGGCCUGUGAUGAUGACGGGGAGCUGUUCGCCAGCAUGGUGCACAUCCUCAUGGGCUCCUGUUACAAGACCAAAAAAUUCCUGCUCUCCCUGGCGGAAAACAAGCUGGGACCCUGCAUGCUCCUGGCGCUGAGGGGGAACCAGACCAUGGUGGAGAUCUUGUGCCUCAUGCUGGAGUACAACAUCAUCGACAACAACGACACCCAGCUGCAGAUCAUCUCAACCCUGGAGAGCACGGGCGUGGGCAAGCGCAUGUACGAGCAGCUGUGCGAUCGGCAGCGAGAGCUGAAGGAGCUGCAAAGGAAAGGCGGGCCCACCAGGCUAACACUGCCCUCCAAGUCCACGGAUGCCGACUUGGCUCGUCUGCUGAGCUCCGGCUCUUUCGGAAACCUGGAGAACCUCAGUCUGGCCUUCACCAACGUGACCAGCGCCUGCGCUGAGCACCUCAUCAAACUGCCUUCUCUCAAGCAGCUGAACCUGUGGUCCACUCAGUUUGGAGACGCCGGCCUGCGGCUCCUGUCGGAACACCUCACCAUGCUCCAGGUGCUGAACCUGUGUGAGACGCCUGUGACCGACGCGGGCCUGCUGGCCCUCAGCUCCAUGAAGAGUCUUUGCAGCUUAAACAUGAACAGCACCAAGCUCUCGGCUGACACCUAUGAAGAUCUGAAGGCCAAGCUUCCCAACUUGAAGGAAGUGGACGUCCGCUACACAGAAGCCUGGUGAAGCUCCCGGCUCGGCAGGAAGGAGUUUGCAGCUGCAACACACGACUUUUGACUAAUAGCCGUAGAGCGCCGGUCCUGGGGUCCCGCCCCCAGCGUCCCGGCUGUGAGAUAGAUGGGGGAGUCUUUCUGGGGGCAGAGGGCGGAGG